GCGUACUGUGUUGAUCCGUGCUGUCUAUCAGCAAUCCUUCACCCUACUCAGUGUGAGUGUGGUGUGGGGACAGCGCAAACAUGGCGUUGUCUCAAAGGGAACAAGAUAUCCAGCUUAUGCUGGCUGCCAAUGUGCACUUGGGCACAAAGCAGUGUGAUUUCCAGAUGGAACGCUACAUCUACAGGAGGCGGCAGGAUGGCAUCUAUGUGAUUAAUCUGGGCAAGACAUGGGACAAGCUGCAGCUGGCUGCUCGCGUGAUUGUGGCGAUUGAGAACCCACAGGAUGUGGUGGUGCAGUCCGCCCGCCCCUAUGCUCAGAGGGCUGUGCUCAAGUUCGCACAGUACACUGGAGCAAAGGCUCUUGCGGGUCGCUACACUCCAGGCACCUUCACUAAUCAGAUCCAGAAGGACUUUGAGGAGCCGCGGCUGCUGAUUGUGACAGACCCCCGCACGGACCACCAGCCCAUCAAAGAGUCUGCCUACAUGAACAUCCCCACCAUCGCCUUCUGUGACACAGACUCUGCCCUCCCCUACGUGGACAUCGCCAUCCCCGCCAACAACAAGGCCAAGCACUCCAUUGGAGUGCUCUACUACCUGCUCUCGCGUAUGGUCCUGCAGAUGCGCGGGACGUUGGCGGCUGGCCAGGCAUGGGAUGUGGUGGUGGACCUGUUCUUCUACAGGGAGCCCGAGGAGACCAAGGAGGACGGCGAGGAGGCCCCCGCUGCCGACGCAUUCGGAGGCGUUCCCGAGGCCGGCUACGGCGGCGCUGCUGGCCUGCCUGCUCCCCAGGGCGUCUCAAAUGACGCUGAGUGGGCUGCGCCUCCGGCAGCAGCGGCUGCCCCUGCUGCUGAGUGGGACGCUGCUGCUGCUCCAGCGGGUGGUGCUUCCUGGGACGCGGCCGCCGCCCCCGAGGCAGCCCCCGCGGCAGCCCAAUAUGUGGCACCGCAGGAGUUCGCCGCCGGUUACUAG